AUGCUCCCUUGUUUCAUGCAGGAGGUCACUCAGAACCCUGUGAGCAAUUCUGGGCUGACUUGUUGGCUGGACGAUGAACGAGUUGAGAUAACUUGGGCCUCGCAAAUAUCAGUUGACUGGCCUUUCCCCCACCUCAAGCGUGUUGUUGCUAAGCAAGGUUACUGGCGAGGUCUUUCGUUGUCGUUAUCUUCACAACUGAGUGCUCCAAGUCGAUAUGAGAAAAAUGCAUUUCAACUGAGGAUUGUGGUCCCUCAGGAGCUGUACAUUGUCACACAAGCAGACUCUUCCUGCAUGAUUUGGAGUCACCAGAAAACUAUGUGGUUCUAUGCCAUUCUGCAUGAGUCAAGUACUAACUUCAUCCCACAGCCAUCUGAAGUUGGGGCAAAGAUGAACCAUUUGAAAAUACUGCCCAAAGUAGGGACCUUCAGCAGUGCAUAUGAUUGGCAUGCUUGGAGGGUGAGGGGGAUGCUCACUGAGCUGUACUUCGGGAGCAGGACCAACCAACUCGAUGAGUUCCGCUGUGAUGCUCUGUUCGAUCCCCUCCUCAAGGACCUUCGGACUAUGAAGAGGGUAUUUUCCAUGGAGAUUGGCAAGUAUCAAAGCACUCAGGCACUUUGGCACACUCAAAGCCAAGUCAAAGCUCAAGACAAUGGCAAGCCACUCCUUGUGUGGAGCUUUGGCUCUGCAGUGCCUGGCUUGGAAUCAUCUUUGGUAUGA